AUGGGUAAAGAGCAACUUCCUAAGGACGAGAUACGGGAGGUGGAGGGUGAUAAAAACGUGCAGGCAUCGAGCUCGGUAGAGCAGCCUGAGAAGCUGGAAUGCAUCAACGCGACACGGAAGAAGACGCAGGAGAAGACUGACGAUCUGCCUGAGCGCCCAGAAAUGGCGCAGAAGAACGAACAUGAGGUGAAGAAGAUCGAGCAGGCUGGAACGGCGCAGAAAGUUGGGCAAGAUGAUCUGGCCCCCUCCACGAAAGAUUUGCGAGAGGAGACAGAGAGGCUUUUUAAGAGGGCAGAGCUAAUGGCAAUAUAUCAAGAAGAUGCCAUUUUCCGGCAGUUCAAAACCCUGAAUAUGCUCAUCUUGUCCGAGUUGGAAGAGGAAUUGAUUAGGCUUGAACAAGAAUUGAGAAAUCCCGAGAGUAAUGAACAACGAGCAAAGAAAAUCCUGAAAACGAAAGAGACAAUGAAGGAGUACUAUGAGACAUUAUUGCGCGCUAAAGAUGUAGCUCGAUUAGGUCGACUAUCAUUCUCGGACUUGCAGUUCCUUAAUGCCUUAGAAGAGGACUUCAAACAGGCAUUUCAUCCGCUGGAGAAAAUCGACGUUUUUCGCACGAAGGAUCGUUCUGACCUAGUCAUAUUGACGGAACAGCGCGAAGAGACUCCUCUCGAGAAAUCGCUCUCAAAAUUAGUCUCGCCACUCGCCAGGCUCGUCACCGCUCCUGACUUUCUGAAGAAAAAAGCCAGUAAGCAAAUAGAUUUGGAAUUGGGGUUUGGUAGCAUGAGACGUUUCUCACGAGCCGACCUUUUGAUCAAGAUGCUCCGCAAUAUGGCCAUUCUGGCUCUCUCAGCCAUACUCCCACUCGGUUCCAUUCUGGCACUAUACUUUGUGAAGAACACUCUCAAUAGGAUCGGCGUUAUGGUUGGUUUCACUAUAACUUUUGCCGCUGCGCUUAUGAUAUCAACAUCCGCUAAAAUGAUCGAGGUGAUUGCCGCAACUGCAGCGUAA